AUGAGUUACCAGAAUGCAACAUCUGAGUUAACUUUGGGGUCACGACCUGGACUAAACAAUCUUCAGAGAGCAGAAGGUGCCACUGAGGACGGAGACUAUGGAUGGGCCUUGCUUGAAAACCAGCUCAGUGUGGAAGACUUUGUCAAAAUACAGAGUGCUUUUGAGUCUCCAGAGCCAAGACAAACCAUCUCUAUGUCCAGAGAACAAUUUGUGCAGCGGAUGAAAGAGAUUAUUGGUUGGGGUACGAAGAAAGACUAUCAGGAGCUCUUUGACAAAGUGGAUGUGGCCCGAGAUGGCUUCAUUAACUGGGACAUGCUGACCUCAUUCAUGCUGUUAGCACUCUAUGAAAAAGAUGAACAAGCAAAGGCAACUGUGGUUCCCCAGUGGAAGACACUUGAAUUCCUCCCAGUGAAACACAAGGACACAAUUCAAAAAAUAAUUUUCUUAAAAAGUUCAAGUCGUUACUUGACUAUUAGUAAAGAAGGUUUAUUAGGUAUCUGGGGAGAAAAUUUAAAGCUGCAAAAACUACAUCCCAUCACUUCAGAUGUCACUAAACUCAAACACCUGUGGGUGACAAGUAUGGUUUCUCUGGAAAAUGUAAACAAGAUAGCAGUGGCGUUUACCAGUAAAGAGAUUUGUUUCUAUGAUCUGCUGUCCAAAGAAGAAUUUCCUUGUCAAUACAAACUUCAAGGCCUGAAAGCAACGCCAUUUUGCAUGGAUUAUUGGUAUAACCCUCUUGAUGCCAAUGAAUCACUUCUUACCUUUGGAGACAUAACUGGAAAGGUUCAAGCAAUUUCUUUCACAACAGCCUUGAUAUCCUUGUUUGAGCGGCCUGCUACUGCCCAUGAGGAUGAAGAUGGCACCAUGACCAUUCACUGGGGAGACCUGCUCUCUGGAGAUCACAAAUGUUGCUUUACAUUAGAGCACACACUUCAUCAAGGAGAUUGGGUCAGGCAAGUUUCUUACGCUGCAUCUUUAGAUGCUAUCAUUUCCAGUACAACUAGCAAUAUAAAUUCUGUGGUGCUGGCUUGGAGAGAGAAAUCAAAAAGGCAUCUUAAAAUGACAUCCUUCAACAUUGCCCAGGGCAUUCAUGCUUUUGAUUACCACUCUCAGCUCAAUUUAAUUGCAACUGCUGGCAUUGACAAUAAAGUUUGCCUUUGGAAUCCCUAUGUUGUCUCCAAGCCAACUGGUAUCCUUUGGGGCCAUUCUGCUAGUGUAAUAGCCGUCCAAUUCUUUGCUGAAAGAAAACAACUUUUCAGCUUCUCCAAAGACAAAGUUCUAAGACUCUGGGAUAUUCAGCACCAGCUCUCAAUACAGAGGAUAGCUUGUUCUUUCCCCAGAAGUCAGGACUUCAGAUGCCUCUUCCACUUUGAUGAAUCUCAUGGAUGCCUUUUCAUCUCAUUUAAUAACCAGCUAGCUUUGUUGGCAAUGAAAAGGGAAGCCAGCAAGAGGGUGAAAAGCCACGAGAGAGCAGUCACUUGUGUUCUUUACAGUUCCAUCUUGAAGCAGGUAAUUAGCUCUGAUACUGGGUCUACUGUUUCCUUCUGGAUGAUAGACACUGGGCAGAAAAUCAAACAAUUUACUGGUUGCCAUGGCAAUGCAGAAAUCAGCACCAUGGCCCUAGAUGCAAAUGAGACACGGCUUUUGACUGGCAGCACAGAUGGAACUGUAAAGAUUUGGGACUUCAAUGGAUAUUGUCACCACACACUAAAUGUUGGGCAAGAUGGAGCCGUGGAUAUUUCACAGAUUCUGGUCCUUAAGAAGACCAUCCUGGUUACUGGAUGGGAAAGGACUAUUACUGUAUUUCGACCCCAGAACUUCAAUCAAUUUUUCAUCCAGCCUGAAGAAUGGAAAGGAGGAAUACGGCACCACGAUGAUAUCUUAUGUGCUGCAUUUUUACCUCCACAAACUCUGGCUACAGGUAGUUAUGAUGGUGAAAUUGUUCUAUGGAACAAUAGCACAGAAAAUGCCCACCAUGUCCUUCACCCUGAUUAUCAGAGAUUGCUAAAAUCAAACUUGGAUAUAGAGUCUCAUAAGCUUCUCAGUGCAGGUAGGAGCAGCCCCACCAUUCCCCUCAAAGACCAGACCACUCUGAGAACCUCCUCCUCUGAGAUUGACACUGAGGGUAAUAAUGCUGUAAUGAGGCUUUGUUUCCUUGAAUCAAGAAAAAACAUUGCUGUGGCAGAAGGAGCUAACCUUGUUUCAUGUGGAGGAUCAGGUUAUGUCAGAUUCUGGGACACAUCUAAGAAGCAACUUCUGGCUGAAUUUUUGGCUCAUACUGGAGCAGGUUCCAUUACUAUGUCUACUGAUAAGUUGAAUCGAUAUCUUGUCACAGGAGAUCUUGAUGGUUGGUUGAAAAUCUGGAAUAUCGAGGAAUACUGCUGUAAUUCCAGUAAGAACAAAGUCACACAGCCCCCUACUCUGAUCAGAUCCUUCCAACCCCAUGAAGACAGGAUAAGUUGCUUAGAGAUGUGUGAACUGAGUGGCCGAUCAUUGAUCAUUUCCUCUUCAGCUGAUCGCAGCAUAUCUGUGACUGAUGUUUGCUGUUCUGGAACUUGGAUCUUUGGUCAGGCAAAGCAUUGGCAAAUCAAAAACUACAUUUCCCUUCCUGAACGAGAUACUAACUUAAUGGAAAGUGAAAUUCAAGAGAAAAGCUUAAGGAAAACUCCUUUACUUUCUAAGGAAGAAUCAUGUUUAGACCCAAUGGGACAUUACCUACUUGAUCAGAAAAACAAAGACUCGAUUGUCUUAUCAUCAGAAGAUAUAAAUUUAAGUAUGAAAUAUAAGGAAAGGAAUAUCUACAAGAAAAAGACACAGAAAAUUCACAAUUAUGAAGUUAUACGAAAAGCCUCCAGUGCAUUUAGGUCAUUAAGCAUUGGAGCCCUGAAAGAACUGCCUGAAGUGAAUAAACCUACUUUUCUUCUAGACCAUGAGGAAUACUUUAAGGAAGAUACAGAAGAAAACUAUUCACCAAUGCCAGAGAUUCUACCACUUUCUGAAAAUUUGAGAGCUGUAUUUGAUGAGAAAAACCUGUUCCCCAAAGAAAUUCUGGAUCGUGAACAAAGAGCCAAGCAACUAUGUCAGGAAACAAGUAGCGAAGUGAAGAUAAAAAGAAAUAAGAAGCAUUUAUAA